AUGUCCCACAGGGUGGAUGUCAUCCACUUUGGGGGCGUGGGGUCGGGCAUCUGGGGGUUCGGGCAUCGCGGGGCAGGGAUCGAGCGUCGGCCGUCCGCGCGGGUGACCGCGCAGCCGAGGCAGGUGCAGUAUAGGGAGUCGGGCCUGGGGAGGGAUCUGGCCCACGAGUACCUACGAAAGUACAAGGACAAGGUGGGCCGCAACGCCUUCUGGAUCGACUGGGCCGAGCGCGAGGAGCGAGGCCUUGGGCCCUUCUUCACCGACCUCUUGGACAAAGGAGACUACGUGCUGGUUGGCGACGGCGAGGCUCCGGAGGCCAGGCUGUCUAACAAGGCCGAGGCCGCGGCCUUCAAGGAGGAGAUGCGGCUGUCGCAGGGCCGCAAGAACAGAGAAAAGAAGCCCCGUGGCCUGCCGGACCCGUACCUCACGGUGCUCAACGACGUCUCCAAGGCGCGAGAGGACCAAGAUCGGCUUGCCGCGUGGCUCGACAAAGGCGGCGAAGGCGGAACCGAGGACCGCGCGGACUUCCUGCUGGUGUCCGGCGUGCAGAGCUUCUUCGCUGGAACGUCCAUGGAGACGCUCACCAAUUUCGAGCGGGACGGCAACAACGCGCCUUUCUACCCGAUCUUCAAGAGGGCCGUGUCCAGCAAGCUGCGGAUGCUGUGCGUGAACCCCGACACCGCGGAGGCCCGCAAGGGCUGGACCGCCCACAUGGACGGGUCCCUUGCCAAAGAGUACGAGACCCUUGGCGGCGAGGUGCAGUAUUUCGGCAAGCCGGGCAACGCGGCGUUCGAGGCGGCCCGGGAGUUGCUGGAGCUCGCGGGCGUGGAGGAGAACGUCUGCCACAUUGGGUGCUCCCUCCGAGCGGACGUGCAGGGAGCCAUCAGGAACGGCCUCGCUGCAGCGCUGGUUGUCGAGACGGGCCAGCACGCGCAGGAGUUCACCGAGGGCCUCAGCGCGAACGCGGUGCAGAGCGUCUGCAGAGAGAAGGAGAUGUCCGCUCCCAACUUCGUUCUGAGCAGGUUUGCGUGGUGA